AUGUCAACACCUGAAUCACAGAGCGAAAAAAAUUUCGGCCGUUUCGACGUUUCUAUUGGUGAUUUCAUUGGAAUGGUUCGGGCCGAACUCUGGGGUGCGGUUGUGUGGGCGAAGCGAACGUCACUCGCUAAUGGGCUUUGGAAAGCUGCGAAAGUCGCGCCAGCCGUGUGUAAGUAUCAUUUGCACAUGAGCCUCAACAUCUUAAAGGUCCUCAUCAUACCGUUGUGGACUUUCUCUACUACCAUUCCCGGUAAAUCAUGCAGCGCACGAGGACCUUUAGCUCGAGACUCUGGAGGCGGUGCGAUCUUGAUGCACGUACCGAACCUCAGCCACUUCCCGUAUUAUAACAUGAACAAUGCUAAUGUCAAAUGGUGCCGAUGUUAUCGAAAUACUAUUUUAGGUCGCUAUCGGAGGACUCGUUGGCGAGCGCCAGAUCCGUGCCCGUGGGGGCGGGUGCAGUUUGUCAGCGUAGCACGUCCCGAUCGCAACCAAUACCCAAAUCGCAGUAUCGCAAUUGGCUCAGGGUUUGAGAGGAGGAUUUACGCUUUGCUAAUAUUAGCAUCUACGACGGUGUUCCAAAAUAUGGGUAUAGUUGCGAAAUGCAGCCCGAUCGGCGCUGAAGAGGGGUCAUAUGGGAAGCGAGUCAACAAGGUAGUGAGAUCCAAACAAGGUGGAUUGAACGAGUGUAUUAUAAGUGCAGUACAUGGGUAUGAUAUCGCGUGA